AUGGCCGCAGAAAGUACCCGCCAGCGCAUUGUGCUGCACUUUGACAUCAAUCGCACGAUCCUCAUGUCGGACGCAGCAGGUGGUCGGACCAUGGAAGAUACCGUCAAUUACCUCCUCUCCGAGUGCACAUAUGGCUACGCCACGACGGACUCGUCCAGUCCACCCACGUGGACAUGCAACGCAAUUGCCUCGUCUCAUACGCCACCCGCUGCCCUACCGACAACAACAACAACAACAACACCACCAACGAUGAACUUCGACCAGCAGCGCUUGAUAACCUACAAACAAUUUGUCGAUGACCUGUACCCAUAUGCAAGCGCAGCUUCCACGCGCGACAGCCGACACGCUAUCGACCACAUCAAAGCGAUCAACAAGGCAGCCAAGCACAAGCGCACGGCGUUGCAGUCGGCGUUUACCGGUGCACCCGAUGCACCUGGCCAGCCUGUCCAGUCGUCGUUUGCGGCCGUGAUGCGUGCAUUGCAGUUCCCAGUCGGCACACAGCGCGAUGCGGCAACCCAUUUGGCGACAGUGAUGCCACCGUCUCGUCUGCAAGCAGCUUGGCAGCAAGGCCGGUACUACCUGCUGCCGUCGUUUCUGCACUUCUUGUGCUACUUGGCGUCGCCGAAAGUGACGGAGAAACAGCUGGACGUGAAGCUCGUGUUCCGGACCUUUGGCGACGAUAUUGUUGAAGUCAAGCGGGAAUUGGAUCUCUUGGUCAAUGGGCAACACCCUGUUGGCCUGCCAGCGCUGCCGGAGCAUUUUCGACUCGACUUGACGCCCGAUGCACGUUGCGUUGGUACGUUUUACCGCGAUGGAUUCGGAGCGGACGGUACGGCUUUGGCCGUGGGCACGCUGGCGAAAGUGCCGGUUUCCACCACGCUCGCACAAGACGGUGCGAGUGCACCCAAUAGCUUUUACGCAACGCUGGACGAGACAGUUGAAGUCAUUCGUGGCUUCGAGCCGAUUCAGGACACGCUGGAGGAUAUGUUCCACAAGGCCAGUACGCUGGCGCUCCGUGAUUACUGGGAGUGGUGGAGCGCCCAUGCUGAAGACGGCCAGUAUGGAAAGUUACUGCUCGUGGACGAAGAAAAAGUGACGAAACACGGCGAGGUCGUUGUAUUUUUUGACGACCACAUUGAGGCCCAUCACGCACAUAUUGUGGAUGUACGCGACGUGCGUUCAGGAACUCCAAUGGGCUUUGAGAAGACUCGGCACAAGUACUUGCAGCGCGUGGAGCCCAUUGAAGCGAUCACAGACCCAAACUACUUCAUCUCGCUGUUUGAGAAACACGUGGCCAAGGCGCAGUAG